UCCGGGACAAGGUGGCCACUCUCUGCAGCGAGUGCUGUUAGGCGGCUUUCGUGCUGUUAAGCGCAACAAUUUUAAUUGUUGAUCCAAUCCGUCCCGUAAAUAAACAAUAAACAUGGGUAAUCACAAGGUCCUUCGAUCGGCGGGCAGCAAUCUGCGUUACUCGAUGUACGAGUUUAUUGACGCGGUGCACAAACGCACGAUUAUAUGGGAGAGGCGGCAUCCGAACUUCCACAACCGGGAGCUGAGGGAUCAGGCCUGGCAGCAAGUUGGUCAGGAGCUGUGCUCCAAUUUUGAGGCCUCCAGCGAGCCGGAAAAGCAGGAAAUCGUAAAAACCCUGCUCAAACGGUGGAAAAACACCAGGGACAGCUAUUUGCGGGUCAACCGGCUGCGUCAAAAUGGCGAGGAGGUGGCCAGAGCAUCUUACAUCUACGAAAAGGAGCUGAGUUUCCUGCUGGACGUGAAAGCCGAAUCGGAGGACGACGAGGAGCCCUUGAAGGAGGAGCCCAAGCCCCCGUUGAAACGGAAACGGCCGACAGCCGCUCAGAGAUCUGCAAAGACGCCCAGAAGGAGGAACUCCGGCCUGGAAACAAGUUUGGAGGCCGACACCAAUAAUCCAGCGACUCCGGACAAACUACAAGCGGUGCUGGAGGAUCUGACCUACACAAGCCAGGAUCCUACGCCUCCUGAGAUCAUUCCCCUCCCUCAGGUUCCAGCAGAUCCGCCUUGUAGUACAAAUGGCGCCUUCACAUCCACUGAUCCCGACCAGGCCUUCUUCGACACCAUUAAGCCCCACAUGCAACGGAUGGACGCCGAUCGCAAGCUAGACUUCCAGAUCGAGGUCCUCAAAAUACUUCGCAAUUUUAAGCCAAAUUAAAAGAUAAGAGCAAAACUUAAAUCAUGCUUUUGGCUAUGCAUUUACAUCAACAGCGGAUGUAGUUAACAGAGAGCUAACAUGACCAUUAGAUGCAAAGUAAUCGUUAUCGAACAUCGGUUACAGCCCUUGGCGCAAAAUUUUAAAAAUUGUAAUUUCUCAACUACUUACAAAAAUGUUGGUUCAUAAAAUAUGAUUCAGUGAACACUUUUCUUAAAUAACUGAAAUUGUGAAAAAUACUAAAGAUCAGGAUCAUUUUUAUUUUACCCCUGGUAAUAUAAUUGUCCUUGUCAAUUUAUUGAAUCUUAUUUUAAUGUUUAAUAUGUGCUGUAUGUGAUUUAAUAUUGCUAAUCAUCUAGAUUCGUCUUUACAGUAAACUUUAGUGCCUUAUACAAUACAAAUUAGGAAUAAUAAUAAUUGAACACAUUAAGCUAAGGAUCCUUAUUGAUUAUACAACUUUGAUUUAAGCAGAAAUUUAAAAUAUAAGGCUCAAAUAAAAUUGUAAAUUUGUUUCGUCGUUA